AUGACCAUGAGCUCGGUGGCCGAGAGCCUGCUGGGUCCCGACCCCUCCAAAGCCUCUUUCCUGGAACUCGGGCACCCUUCGCCGCCCCACUACUCCCUGCACGGCCUCCAUCCUGCCGGCCACCCCCAGCACGACCCGUCGCCUUUCGCCUCCUACGGCCGGCCCGGACCCUACCCUUAUCCCGGCGGUGCCCCCCCGGCCCCCCACGGCGGUCCCUACCUGCCCUACCCGCCCCCCGGCACCCAGCAUCCCCCGGCCGGGCUGGCCCACGGCUCCAGGCUGCAGGACGCAGAGCACGAGAAGCCCCCGGUCAUCUCCAACGGGGAGCUGCGCAUCAACGGGAAGGGGAAGAAGCUGCGGAAGCCCCGGACCAUCUACUCCAGCCUCCAGCUCCAGGCGCUCAACCAGCGCUUCCAGCAGACCCAGUACCUGGCGCUGCCGGAACGCGCUGAACUGGCGGCCCAACUGGGACUCACCCAGACCCAGGUCAAGAUCUGGUUCCAGAACAAACGCUCCAAGUACAAGAAGAUCAUGAAGCAGGGCUCGAGUGUGACCGACGGGGAGCUCCUCCACACUGCCACCUCCCUCUCCCCCUGCUCCCCCAACGUCCCCCCAGUCUGGGACAUCUCCACACCAGGCAAAGGGGGCCCCCUGGCCCCCAGCAGCUACAUCAACAGCUUCGGAGCCUGGUACCAGCCUCAUCCACAGGACACCAUCCCCCGGGCCCCCAUGAUGUGAUGCUGCCAAAUCUCCAACACCCACCAGGUCUGGGAGGGGCGACGAGGGGGGGGAUGCUCUGCCACCGCCCCCCCCAAGGGAUUGGGGAGCCCAGAUAAGCCCUGGGGGACCCCAAGGAAUGGAGGAGGAGGAAAAGGAGGAGAAAGGCGACCAUGGUCUGCAGGAACCUGUGGGUCUCCUGCUCCAUCGUGGUCUGAAGUGAGACAAUUCUGGCACAACGCCCUGGUGUGCCCAUUCCAGUGGGACAGGACUCAGCCUCCAGCCACAGCCCCGGGUCCCUCUGUUCAUGGGCACUGGGCAGGGGGAGC